AUGCCUGCUGCUUCCCCCACCAUAGCUUAUUUAUCACCUCAAAUUUCCACCCUCGACUCUACAAAUACUACCUCCACUGACAUCGCCUCUCUUUUGGCUACUUCACACAAGUCUUCUUCUCUUCAAGUCCCUCCAAGUCUCCUCGACCACAUCCCCUUCUCCCCACCUCCUCUCCAAUCAAUUCCACCAUCCCGAAACCAGCCCACUUCCGACGCUACUACUGACAAGGAUGAAAUUAUAGCUACUGCCCAAAGGAUCCUCCGUGCUAGAGAUGGAUCAGAUCCAUCUGACCAGCAACACACUCGCCAUCUCGGUCAGCACUGCCAUCGAGCAAGUCAAAACCUAAAUCGCUGCCAUCUUCGGGCAGUAGUGCAUCUACACUUCGUCCCGGCCGGGGAAGCCGACUAUAGGCCUCUUAUGGGGGUUCUUUUUGAAACUCACAUCAAGAAAGAAUCGGGUUCUACGUUUAUCAAUCGUCUUCUUCCAAAUUGGCGUUCAGAAGAUAACUUCAUUGCCAAUGAAUCUGUUGUAACUUACCACAAAUCUGAUCGGAUGAUCGUGUGUGGUGUUUUUGUUCCUCAAUUGCAACACUACUUCACUGUUUCAUUUAUCUACGCUUUCAAUUGUCACAUUAAAUGCAGGUUACUUUGGCAAGAGCUUGCUGAUCUUAGAGACUCUUCCCCCACCUCUUCCCGUCCAUGGAUCCUUGUUGGAGACUUUAACCAAAUCCUUAGUCAACACGAGCACUCGUCAAUUCCCCAAACUCUCGCCCCUACUAACGGCAUGCAGGAGAUGCGAAGUUGUUUUGAAUACCUUGAUAUUCAAGAUAUUAGUGCUCGAGGUGCUCUUUACACUUGGAAAAACAACUGCCAUGAAAACCCUACCCUUCGAAAGCUCGAUAAAGUCAUGAUAAAUGAGGCUUGGAGUACAUACUUCCCUUCUUCCGUUGCUUUCUUCGACCCGCCUGGCUCCUCUGACCACUCUCCAUGUGUCAUCAACCUUGGCUUCGAUGUUCCUUCAACAAAGAAGCCUUUCAAAUUCUACCGACACGUAAUGACUCACCCUGAUUACUUAUUACUGCUUGAUGAGGCUUGGUCAAUGCUAGGGCUCUUUGGAACGGCUCAAUUCAUCUUAUCAAAGAAGAUGGUUUCCGCAAAGAAUUGUCUCAAGCUCCUGAACCGAAGACAUUACAGCAACAUUCAGCAACGAGUAAAAGCUUCUUUCUCUUCCUUGCAAGCUAUACAAGCGCAACUACUCCUUACCCCCUCUCAACAUCUUAUUGAUCAAGAGUCUGAAGCUAGAAGGACAUAUGCAAUUUACUCAAAUGCCGAGGAACAGUUCUUCCACCAAAGGUCUCGCAUCCAAUGGCUCUCCGAAGAGAUGGAAAUGAUAGGAAAAUCACUGACCCGUCACAGUACAAGCAGCUGGUUGUUUAAUACUUCGAAGACUUAUUGGGAACAGCAAACCCGCUCAUCAAUCCGGCUACAGUGGAAACCAUUGGCUCUCUCCAUCCUUUUUGAUACCCUUGAUGAAUUCCACGUCAUCUCCGGCCUAGCUCUAAACAAACACAAGACCAGUCUCUUCCUUAGCGGGAAUGACCAUCAGCGUACAACUGCAAUUGCUGCCAAUCAUGGUCUUUCUCCGGAUUUUCUCCCGGUUCGUUAUCUCGGACUACCUCUGCAUUCGACAAAGCUGGAUAAGGAUGACUUUCAAAUGCUUUAUGAUCGAAUCUCAAGGAAGUUAUCUGCGUGGUCAAACAAGUUCCUCUCUUAUGCAGGGCGUCUCCAGCUGAUAAAAUAUGUCAUUUAUGGUCACCUAAACUUUUGGUUCACUGCAUUUCCUUUCCCUAAAGCCUUCUUGGUCAAGUUAGAGGCUCUGAUUAGCUCAUUUUUAUGGCAUGGAAAACCGGGUACAGCUCAUGGAGCAAAAGUGUCUUGGGAUGCAGUCAGCAAACCCAUUAAACAUGGUGGACUUCGGCUAAGGAAGCUCUCUACUUGGAAUGAAAUCUUUGGACUAAAGCUUAUCUGGUUGAUCUUCACCAAAAGUGGUUCGCUUUGGUAUACGGGUCCCUCUGGUCCUCUACUACUAGGUAUUCCCUCUGAUUCUAGGGUGGCGCAUGCUGCAUUUGAUGAAGAAUGGUGCUUUGUUUCCUCUCGAGCCUCUCGUCGUAGGAACCUAAGGAACGCGAUCAGUUUACUAUCACCUCUAACUAAUACUGCUACGGAGGACACUUUCUUUUGGUCCACAAACUACGACCAACCCCUUCUUUUCACCACCACCUACACUUGGUUAGCUCUGAAUGAUUUUGGUCCCAUGGUUUCUUGGCAUUCUUCGGUUUGGUUCACCGGAAACAUUCUGAAACAUGCGUUCAUUACUUGGCUUUUCGUGCUGAAUCGCUUAACCACACGAGAUCGUCUUCAUAAUUGGGGAGUAACAACUGACUGUUCUUGUCUACUUUGCUCUGCUUCCAUUGAAACAUGUUCUCAUCUAUUUUUCUCAUGUUCUUUCAGCCAAGAUAUAUGGUCUGUUUUCUCACCAUCGUACCAUCUUUUCCCUCUGGCUUUCGACUCGAUCAUGCACUGGAUCCCUUCACUUCCUCGCCGUAUCUCCAAAACUGUUAAGCUCACUUUCCAAGCGUGCGUUUACGCUAUAUGGCGCGAGCGUAACAGUCGUCUCUUUGGAUCUUCAAGCCGAACAUCAUCCUCUAUUGUUGCUGAAGUCUCCAGGACAAUAAGAAACCCACUGUAUAUCAUGGACCAGCCUAAUGUGAGAUCAAGAUUGCCACAAACCGAAGACUCCAACAUGGUUCUCUGGUUCCGCCACUUUCAUCCAUCAAAUUUAACCUUUCAACCUUCUUCUCCACGAUCCACCCUCCUUCUCUAUCUCCUUUUCUAG